AUGGAUUCUGUCCUGACAAACGAUAGCUCCCAAAAAGAACCAGCCGCAGAAGAUGUCCCUUGGGACUUUCCUGCAGGACGAAAGUGGGUGCUGACAAGAUGGAUUUGCGCACAUGGCAACCUCGCUGACGCUUUGACAGACUACGGCUCGUGGGCUGACGAAAUGGAGGAUAUGCCACUGCCUUCCUCAGAUAGUAGACCCAGUUACGGAGGAGACCGACGCAAUUUCAGCUCCAACGCACCAUCCGGUGACAGAUUCUCUGACAGGAGAGAUGGAUACCCACCUCGAGAGCAACUCCCUCUGCCCACUCAACCUCCUUACACCGCGCACCUCGCCAACCUCUCUUUCGAUGCCACUCAAGGCGACGUCAACGAUUUCUUCAGUGAGUGCCAGGUGACAAAUGUUCGCAUUGUAGAAGACAAGCUCGACCGCAAGCCCAAGGGGUUCGGCUACGUUGAAUUUGCGACAUUGGAUGGCCUGAAGAAUGCCCUUGCCCUCAGCGGCAACAACCUUGCCGGAAGACAAGUUCGAGUCAGCGUCGCAGAGCCACCGAAGGAAAGGCAAGACGCUCGUGAUUUUAGUGACUGGUCUCGCAAAGGCCCACUUCCAGAUUUACCGCAAAAUCAGCGAAGGACCUCUGAGCGACCUAACUUUGCUGGAAAGAGUUUCGACAACAUGUCGGAUGCUGGCAGUGAACGGGCAACCCGCCGUGGAUUUGAACAAGGAGAUGGCAAGAACCGGGAUUUCUCAAAUUGGGAGAGAAAAGGCCCUCUGUCCCCUGUCACCCCUGCCCCCACAUCUCUUCGAGAGGGUGGAAGGCAGCACAGCAAAGAUGCGCAAGGCAGUUUCCGCAGGAACUCCCCUGCUUGGGGAGAAGGUCGCUCUCAGGAUGGGUCUCGUCCUCCCAGGAAAGAAUACACUGAAAAGCCAGCCCCGGAACGACAGCCCACAGCAUCAGAAAUGGAUAACCAGUGGCGUGCCAGGAUGCGACCAGAUGCACCAGCCAAGGCCCCAACUCCUGAAGCCAGCGAACCAUCUUCCCCAGCUCCACCAGCUGCUCCUGCUCCAGCUGGGAGACCGAAGUUGAAUCUACAGAAACGCACUGUCUCUGAGGCCGAUCCCCUAUCCCCAGCUGCCACCGACUCAAAAGCUAGUCCCUUUGGAGCUGCUCGCCCGGUAGACACUGCCGCCAAAGAGAAAGAAGUCGAGGAGAAACGACAGCUUGCAAUCCGACAGAAGAAGGAGGCGGAGGAGAAGAAUCGAGCCGAAAAGGCGGAGGAGAAGCGACUUGCAAAGGAAAAGGCCGACUCCGAAAAGGUCAAGGAGCCAGCAAGCAAGGAGGCCAAGGACUCAGCUUCUCCCAAGGAUAACGAAGAAGAAAGCACGCAAACCACGCCCAAGUUUGACAUUUUACGACGGGCUGAGGAUAACGACAUGGUCCCUAAUGACGCGAAUGAAGACGAAGGCGAGGUUACUCUUCCUGUGGACGACAAAGCCGUCAAACCCAAAGAGGUGGUACGAAACCCGGGCACCAGUCGCGCAAAUGGUUCCUGGAGAGGCGGCCCGCAAUCGCAUGCGGCCCCUGCGGCCCCUGCUGACAACAGCACCGCCGCCGCCGCCCUCGAGGAAGACGGUUGGAGCACGGUGUCGAAACCCACCAAGCAACGCAACAACCGCCGAAACGUUCCAUCAAGGGCUCUCGCUUCGUGA